UAUUUUUCAGAAAGUGCUAAACCCCGUGGACACUGCAAAUUAUCUGAGAAUUGCUUCGGAAGCAGAGCUGAAGUGCAACAAGUGAGCAACGGAGAAGGCCAAAGCCCGUUACUCUUCUUCUUCAGUUGACUUAAUCCGUCUCUAGGGCAUACGUCAGCGCGUGUGCUUAAUCGAGAGUUGACGAAGAAGAUGGAGAAUAACCCGAAGGAGCAAGCGGAGCAGCAAAGGGUCAAUUUCAACGGAGACCCUCACAUUCACGACAAUGGCAACGUAUUCCACCACUUCCAACCCACACCCGCCGUCGAUUCUGGUUACGCUCUUAACCAUUCCAUGGCUCGCCCUCUCCGCAAACGCCCCUGGCAUCACUCCAACAACGGAACUUCUCCAGAUCAAGUGGACGUUUCGUGUAAAGUUUAUGUUGCACCUGUUCCAAGAACGGCCACGGAGGAUGAGAUUUGCACUGUAUUCGAAGAACAUGGAACUAUUGUUGAGAUUGUUCUUUUAAAACAUAAGAAAACUGGUACACGGCAAGGAAGUUGUUUUGUAAAAUAUGCAACAUUUGAUGAAGCUGACAGGGCUAUUAAGGCUUUAAACAAUAAAUAUACAUUUGCUGGGGAAUCAUAUCCUGUUGUUGUCAAAUUUGCUGACCGAGAACUUGAACGCCUUGGGGUUCGAGGGUUCUGCCGUAACAUGGAAAAGAAAGAUCCCUUAGAAGAGGUGGCAGAUAAAGUUUUUGUUAGUUCCAUCAAUAAAGAAGCUACAAACAAGGAAAUUGAAGAUAUAUUUUCCCCUUAUGGGCAUGUUGAAGAUAUCUUCUUUAAAAGCACUCAUGGAUAUGCUUUUGUCAAAUUUUCUAAUAGAGAAAUGGCAUUGGCUGCAAUCAAAGGGCUGAAUAAAACCUUCACGAUGAGAGGUUGUGAUCAUCCUUUAAUUGUUCGUUUUGCGGAUCCUAAGAAGCCUAAGACUGGAGAAUCAAGGGGCAACUUUUUAUCUGUGAAUGCAAAUUUCGGUCCUUGUUCCCAAGAACCAGCAGUAUGGCCACUGCCAAAUUUUGGUGAUUCUAAUAAUGGAGGAAUUAUUCUGCCUCAUGCCCCAUAUCAUUCCUCAAUUGCACACCCACAAGUUACUUCUCAUAUGCAAAACUGGGAACCUGGUGCUACUGUCUUACAACAUCCAUUUCCUCCUCAACAAGUGCAUCCACAUGUGGCUUCAAUGCCUUUGGGGUCAAUUCAAGCUCCCAAAUUGUCUUCUCAGCCAUUUAUUACUGAGGUUCCAAGACAAUCACAUCCAGCAGAUUCAUCAGUUCAAAAUAUAGAGCAGCAGCUUAGUUCACAGCUGCCUUCUCAGACCGAAAGCAACCCUAGUACAGUUACUGGCAUUACCCUGCCGGAUAUGCCUACAAGUCCCCAAGAUGAAGAUUUUCCAGAGUGUGACUGGAGUGAACACUACUGCCCCGAUGGCGAUAAGUACUACUACAACUGUAUAACUUGUGAAAGCAGAUGGGAUAAGCCUGAGGAGUAUGCCUUGUACGAGAAAGAAUCUCAGAAGCAGCAGGAGCGGGAGGAUAAUUGCUGUAGUCUCUCACAAUUGUCGUUAUCUUCCUCUCAACUAGUUGGUCAAAAACAACAGGAGACAGAUCAUGACCACAAGCAAUCAGAAACAAUUCCUGUUGUUGGAUAGGUGUGAUGCUAUUUUUCUUGGACAACUGAAAUCAUACAUUGUUCACAAUUAUUAUUAUUAUUAUGAUAGUGACCUUCAAAUUGCUACAAAACUAGCCUAAUGAUUCCUUAUGAGGUUGUGUUUUCUUAUUGCCUCAUCUGUUUAUUUCAAUGGUUAUUACUAAUCCGUAAAUGGGGGAAUUUGUUAA